AUGGCCCCGGCCUUCUUCUCCGGGCGAAGGAGGAAGCGGCAGCGUCGGUGCAAAAGCCGGGAGCCCGACGGGGAGCAGGACUACGAGAUGCCAGAGCUGGCUUUACCCAAGUCUGACUGUGCUUCUGAGAUGGAGCCCAACACCCAGGAACUGGUCCGUGCCCAGAACAAGAAAAAGAAGAAAUCGGGAGGCUUCCAGUCGAUGGGUCUCAGCUAUCCAGUGUUCAAAGGAAUUAUGAAAAAAGGAUACAAAAUACCUACUCCCAUUCAGAGGAAGACCAUUCCUAUGAUCCUGGACGGCAAGGAUGUGGUGGCCAUGGCGAGGACCGGAAGCGGAAAGACGGCUUGUUUUCUGAUUCCCAUGCUAGAGAAACUGAAAGCCCACAGCGCCAAGACAGGAGCACGAGCCCUCAUCCUAUCCCCAACCCGAGAGCUUGCUUUGCAGACUCUUAAAUUCACCAAGGAGCUGGGUCGGUUUACUGGCUUAAAAACUGCCCUGAUUCUUGGAGGAGACAGGAUGGAAGAUCAGUUUGCAGCCCUGCAUGAAAACCCCGAUAUAAUCAUUGCAACUCCCGGUCGGCUGAUGCACGUGGCAGUAGAGAUGAAGCUGAAGUUGCAGAGCGUGGAGUACGUGGUUUUUGACGAAGCAGACAGGCUGUUUGAGAUGGGCUUUGCAGAGCAGCUGAAGGAGAUCGUCUCGAGGUUGCCUGAUGGUCGCCAGACGGUGCUGUUCUCUGCCACCUUGCCCAAACUUCUUGUGGAGUUCGCUCAAGCUGGCCUCACAGAGCCGGUAUUAAUCCGACUGGAUGUGGAGUCCAAGCUGAGCGAGCAACUCAAGCUCUCGUUUUAUCACGUGCGUGCUGAUGACAAGCCGUCCCUUCUCUUGUAUCUGCUGAGGACAGUGGUAAAGCCACAAGACCAGACCAUUGUGUUUGUGGCCACCAAACAUCACACAGAAUAUCUGAAAGAGCUGCUGAUGAUGCAGGGGGUGAACUGCACACAUGUCUAUAGCUCUCUGGAUCAGACUGCUCGCAAAAUCAACAUCGGCAAGUUCACUCACGGCAAAUGCUCUGUGCUGAUUGUCACCGAUCUGGCCGCCCGGGGGAUUGAUAUCCCCCUUCUAGAUAAUGUGAUUAACUACAGCUUCCCAGCCAAGCCCAAGCUUUUUCUGCACCGCGUCGGCAGAGUGGCCCGUGCGGGGAGGAGUGGAACAGCCUACUCCCUUGUGGCUCCAGAUGAGACCCCUUACGUUUUUGACCUGCAUUUAUUUCUGGGACGGCCUCUGGUCCUCGCCAGUCCUCAUCAGAAGCCCACAGACUCAGAUGGUGUUUUUGGCCGUGUUCCCCAGGUCAUCAUAGAUGACGAGGAAAGCUUGCUACAGACUGACCAUGAGCGUUCCCUUGAGUUGCAGAACCUCCGUCGCAUCUCUGAUAAUGCCCAAAAGCAGUACCAGAAAUCCCGGCCAAGUCCCUCCCCAGAAUCCAUCAAGAGGGUCAAAGAAAUGGAAUUCAGCCUUCUAGGGAUUCAUCCCUUGUUCAGUUUGCGUUUUGAGGAGGAUGAGAUGGCACGGCUGAAAUUCGUGGACAGCAUCAAAACAUACCGUUCUAAGGCAACAAUCUUUGAAAUUAAUGCCACCAACAAAACCCUGGCCAGUGACGUCAUGCGGGCCAAACGGGUCCGCGACCGGCAGUUCAUCGACCGACACCAGCGGAAGCAGGAGGAAAGGUUGUCCUUGGCUGCUGUGAGAGCUCAAGAACUGGCUGCCGCAGAAGAACCAUUGGAAGACGGGGAAGACCAUAUUCAGGAUGUCUUCUCCAGCGUGGUGGGGAAGAAACGAAAGCAUCUUCCAUCAGAAAAUAGGGCAAGGAAGAAAAGGAAACUCUCCGUGCAGAAGGAGAAGGAGUUUUACAUCCCCUACCGACCCAAGGACUUUGCUUCGGAGCGUGGGCUCUGUGUUGGUGGGGAAGGCACCGCCUUUGAACAGCAGGCAUCCGCGGCGGUCCUCGACUUAAUGGGGGAUGAGAACCAGAAUCUGAACAAGAGCAAAAAACUCAUGAAAUGGGAUCGGAAACGGAAACGAUUUGUUGGGCAAACAGGUCAAGAGGAUAAGAAGAAGAUCCGGACCGAAAGUGGCGCCUACAUCAGCAGUUCCUACAAAACCAACCUCUAUGAGAAAUGGAAGAAGAGAAAUAAGAUUGAUGAACAGGAUUCGGACACAGAGCUCGGUGGCGAUCACAGGAGCAGGAAGAGGCAGAAGGGCAGAGGAUCCCACCCUGCAUCGUUCUCCCAGCAAGGCAGGGUCCACUCUGAACUGAAAACCAAGGAGCAGAUCUUCAAGCAAAGGAAAAAGAUGUCCAAGCAGCGUUUCCUGCAGAGCGGAGGGAUGAAGCGCUUGAAAUCUCGUAACCGGCAACGUGUGCAAGAGCUGCGCCAAAUGGCUUUCGGACGCCGGACUGCCAAGAAGGGCAAGCUGCGGAAACGGAUGUAGAGGUCCUGGGUCCCGGAUGCCUGCUUGCGGCGGCCGACUUCCGCUUAUUUACUGUGUAAACUCUGGGUCUAAAAGAAAAAGAUUAAACUAUUUUCAACUUCCA